CUGCUCGGAGACUCCUCACCACUGCAUCUGGAGCUAUGGAGUGAGGAGCCGGACUUUAGUUGUCCUGAGAGUCAAACUGAGGCACAGUUUAUUAGUAGUGUUAAUUAUCACAGCCUUCCUAUGAGUAAAUCUGCUUGUAUGUCCACGAAGUGAACUUUAACUUGAAGUCAGCGACCUUAUUUGAGGAUUUUUAAAAGCUUGAGAGCCGCACAUCCACCCGCCGUUGAAUGUCGAGCACUUCAUCUGGAUCAUGGGCUGCAGCAAGGUGCUAUGGGGGGUGGUAGGGGCGGCUGCCGUCAUCACGUUAAUAGCUGUCCCAGUGGCAGUUCAUUUGAAAAGAGCUGGUGGUGCCAAAAGAACUUACACCCUUGCAGAUUAUUUCAAUGACACCAUUAGGUGGAAGGGAUACAACUUUGGAUGGAUAUCAGACAAUGAGUAUGUGCAUAAAACAAGCGAAGGACAUGUCUUCCUCCACAAUGCUGAAACGAAGGAGGAGUCACUAUACUUGAGCAAUUCAACCUUUGCCCAAGUGGAUGCCACAACUUAUUACCUCUCAGGAGAUAACAAGUUUGUCUGCUUUGAAAGCAACUACUCAAAGCAAUGGAGACAUUCUUACACAGCCUCAUACUCCAUCUAUGAUAUGGAGAGUUCAGCAUUUGUCACUUCGGCGAGGUUUCCAGAAGUUGUGCAGUACUUUUCCUGGGCACCAACAGGGAACAAAUAUGCUUACAUCUCAGAUUUCAACAUUUAUUUGAAAUCAGAUGUCACCGCUGAAACAGUACAAGUGACCCACAAUGGGAAAAAGAAUGAGAUCCUUAAUGGUGUCCCAGACUGGGUCUAUGAGGAGGAGGUGUUCGCAUCAGAUCGGGCAGUGUGGUGGUCAUCAACUGGAAAAUUCUUGGCCUACAUAGAGUUGAAUGACACGGACGUUCAGAAAGUGGAGUUCUCUUGGUAUGGAUCUGACCAGUACCCCCAAACAGUGACUGUUCCAUACCCAAAGGCUGGGUCUGAGAUUCCAAAGGUGAAGCUCUUUGUUGUUGAUACAGAAAAUCCAUCGAGCCGCACACAGGUGCUUGCCCCCACUUCCAUUGCUUCUGGUGAUCACUUUUUGAGCUCAGUGACCUGGGUUACGGACGAGCGCAUCGCAGUGCAGUGGAUCACAAGGAAACAGAAUUAUGUGCUUGCACAGAUCUAUGACUUUGAUGGAGGCAGCUGGAAAGAGAAGCAGAAAUUUGAGCAAACGAGCAAGACAGGCUGGGUCGGUCAUUAUAAUCCCCUGCCUCUUUUCUUUGCUGAGGAUAACCUUAGUUUCUACAAAGUGAUGAGUGACACUUAUGGCUACAAGCAUAUACAUUAUGUAAAAGAUGGCAAAGCAACACCUAUUACCUCAGGCAAGUGGGAAGUUAUCUACAUAUCCAAAUUAACAAAAGAUGCCAUAUAUUAUGUAAGUAAUGAAUACCAAGGAAGACCUGGCCAGAGAAAUCUUUACAAGAUUGUGAUCGGAAGCGGCCACUCUGCCCCCCAGUGCCUCACCUGCGGCCUGUAUAAGGACAGGUGUCAGUACUACUAUGCUUACUUCAGUUAUGAUGCCUCCUACUACCAGUUGGGCUGUUAUGGCCCAGAAAUGCCCUUCUUUACCCUCAGGGACAACAGAGGCUCAGGUGCAGAGCUUGCCGUUCUUGAAGAAAACAAGGAGCUGAAAAAUAUCCUCAGCGAAUUUCAAAUGCCGACCAUGAAGCGUGGUACUUUGAGGAUCGCGGGUUUUGAUCUUUGGUAUCAAAUGAUGUUACCACCAAAUUUCAAGAAAUCUAAAAAAUAUCCCCUUCUUAUUGAUGUGUAUGCCGGCCCCUGUAGUCAGAGGGUGGACUUCCGCUACAGACUGAACUGGGGCUCAUACCUCUCCAGCACAGAGGGCAUCAUUUAUGCCAGUUUUGAUGGAAGGGGAAGUGGUUACCAAGGUGAUAAAAUAAUGCAUUCAAUCUACCAGCGUCUUGGCACAUAUGAAGUGGAGGAUCAAAUAACAGCUGUGAGGAAAUUCAUCGACAUGGGCUUUAUUGACAAAGACAGAAUAGCUAUAUGGGGCUGGUCAUAUGGGGGUUAUGUCACCUCAAUGGUCUUGGGUGCUGGAACUGGACUCUUCAAGUGUGGGAUAGCAGUUGCCCCGGUGGCAAAGUGGGAAUAUUAUGAUGCAGUGUACACAGAACGAUACAUGAGCAAACCCACAGAGAAUUCUGAGGCUUAUAAGAACUCCACGGUGACAGGCAGGGCAAAAAACUUCACAUCAGUAGACUAUCUCUUGGUUCAUGGCACAGCUGACGACAAUGUUCAUUUCCAGCAAGCAGCACAGAUCUCCAAAGCUCUGGUUGACGAGAAAGUGGACUUUGAGGCAAUGUGGUACGCUGACAAGGACCACAGUCUUGGAGGAUCAGCCUUUCGGCACUUAUACACCCUCAUGAGCAACUUCCUGCAGAAAUGCCUCGUCAGUCCCAAAUAGAUGUGAAGAAUAUGAGAUCAUUUAUACUGUAUACAACCACUAUAUAAGAUUUUUUUUUUUUCAUUUCAUGUACUUUUUGAUAUUCUGGACUGUAAGAUUAUGCCAGUUCAGUGUCUGUACAUUUGUUAACAGUUAUAAUGUGCAGUGUAUAUUGGAUUGCUCAUACUCGAGUGUUUAUAUUUUAUGUGGAAUAAUGGAACAAUGUGACAUUUAAAACUUGUAAAAGCCAUUGUAUGCAUGUAUGUUCAAACGCCUUCUUAUGUGAGGAUGAUCUGAGUGAUAGUUGUAACAUAAAAUAGAUACACUUAAUUGCACUGAAUUUGUGAAGUGUUCAAAUUUGUAGUCCACUCAUGGUAUAAUGAAACUGUUUUGAAAUGUUUACAGAUUUUAAUGUUUCAUCAUGUAUUACAAGUAAAAUGAUUUUCAUUGUUUUAUGCAAGUGAAUUUUCCAUACCUGCUUAUUCUAUAAACCAGCAUUGCAAUUAAAUAACUAGCACAGAGUAGUAAUUACUAGGCAACAUACAGUAUCAUGUUCCCUUUUAUGAAAACACAACCAUCUGUGAAAUAGUCACAACACCCAGUGUGCUGUCAAUAUUUGGUAUCACAAUAAGAAUGGUCAUUUCAAGAAUUGCAGCCUGCCAAGUAUACAAAAUAAAGCCUUGAACACAUGAAACACACUGA